UUGCAAAAUGGAAGAAGCAAAUUGAUGUGUUUAGGUUGAGGAUUUUUAAGGGAAAUUUUGUCCAAUGGAGAAUUUGAGUGCUAGUUAAUUGAGCACUCUUGUGGCUCAAGAAAUGCGUAGUUCGGAAGAGGUAAGAAAAAUGGCAGAUUUGCCUUAUAUUCCUUGUUAUCACUUGUUGUACAAACGGAAUUGAAUUCAACCAAGACGUGUCCUAAAAUUUCUUGUUCUUGCGUGUCUCAGGGUUUUACGUUUGGCGAUUUCACAGCUGAAGAAUGGGAAAAAUACUUCAGUAAUUCAUUAGCUCAAAUUGGAAAUAUACCACCGGUUGAGGUAAAAAUUAGCUUACUAGAUCUUUUUAUUAUACCUACGUCUGGGAAAUUGUUUUUAUUUUUAGGUUUAUGUUAUACUUCACGUCGAGACAAUAUUUACUCACGCUUUAGUUUUCGAUCGUUCCUCGCGUUGGUUUCUUUUUUGUUUCACUGAGAUUUUCUAUUUUGCAGUUUCUCUUCAACUUUAAUUACUCAGAUGACGAGGAACGAGGCGAUAAUUUUUUAGGUAUGUAUCUAAUACUUACAAAUUUAUCUUCUCGCGAGCAUCCACACUCGGCGAACAACACUAUUUUAACAAUUUACAUCGACAUUUAAUUUAUGAGGCGCUCCAUGUUGUUCGUAAGAAAUAUGAGAGUAGCGAAUGGUUAUGGUGAUGGUUGUUUAUUUUCAAAUAUGAGUAAUAUUCCGGUUCGUCUUUGUUAUGACGGAACUUGAGUUCAAAUUUUAAAUUUGUGUGAUAUAAAGCUAGUGUAAUGUUCGGAUCGAAGAGGAGUCAAGAGGGAGAGGCAGGGGAAAAUGUCGAAAUACUAUGAAUGAUUAUGGUAGUAAACAAUAUUAAACUCCCAGUCAUGUGCAGACAGUGACAAUACCCGUUUCCUUAUUUUGUUGAUGGUCAGCGUAAUUUAAAUAUAUAUUGUUUUGAUUUUUUCUUACUACUGGAAACUGAUGAAUGAGACAAAGUGGAUUACAACUUUUAAAAUUAUGCCCUGCAGCAAGUACAAAUCCUAAAUGUUACAACCUCUGAUAUUUUAAUUGCUAUUAGGAAGUUUUCAUCACAAGUAGUUAUAGUGUUGUAGUAUUGUCACCAGACCCUAACAGUGUAUAACUUCAAAAAUGCUGUUGUUUAAUUUAAGUGAAGGAAGUAGUGCUCUAACAAGGGAAUCUUAUACAAACCUGUCCUUCCAUUAAGCAACAGUUGGGGGAUGGAUUUGCACCAAGUUUUCAUGGCCUGAAGUAAGGUGCCAGUGUUUCAUAAGAAUCUUUUUAAGAUUCUGGUCAGCAGGGUUAAAAGUUGUAAUGAACAACAAAAUCUUUUUUAGAUGCUUUUGGUUUGCUUUUUAAAGCCUUGUUGCAUGAUAAGAAUUGUACUUCUGCUAGGGUCUUUUCAACAAGGUCCUGUGCCUUGCCUUGUUCUGUAAGAAAAUUCUAUGAAGUUUUCUUCUUUUAGUCAUAAGAUUCUUUUACUGAGUUUGUUCUCAGUAAGUGUAGUGCGUAUCCUUUACCAUAUCUCUUCUUAACAUUGAAAGGGAGGGAUCAAGUAUAUUGGCAUGUUUCUUUCAGCUUGUAAUGUGUUUGAACAUCAAGAAUUUACCUUUGGUAAAUCUAGGUCCUUUAAAAACUUCAGUAUCGAGGAAAACAAUUUUUUCUGAUGACAAUUCAUACAUGAAUUGAAUAGUGGCAUGGUAUGAGUUAGUGAUAUCAAUGAAAUUGAUGAUUUCAAUUUCAGGAAUGGUCCACCUUAAAAAGUGUUAUGAAUGUAUCUUUUUAACCCUCUACAGCCUAACAUCAGUAUGCAUAUUCUCCCUACUAUUCUCUAUACAUUUCCAAAGAUGCUGAUACAGAGAAUUUGUUUAGUGAUCAAGAGCCUAAUUAGUUGAUGGUCAAUUACUUUAUUCUCCUGACCUUACUGUGUGAUUCAGGGUUGACAUUGUAGGGAGAAAUUAGAUGCUAGUCACUCCUAGGGGUCAAAGGGUUAAUAGUUUAGGUGGGCUUGUAGCUAGUACCUGUUUCUCAGUAUGAGCCAUGAACACAACCUCUAAAGCUAUUGUCAUUUUUUGUUCCUAUAGCUAUUCUGAGUGUUUCUAGAUAGUGUUUGUCUUUGUCAUUGAAAAAGUUUUCUUUAAGAAGCAGUCUCUUAAGGUCUCCCAAAAUUUUGUUGGGAUGAGAGAUUUUAACUGAUAAUGUGAUAUUAAUUCCCUCCUCUUGGGGAAUGUUAGUGUGGAGAGAACGAAUGUCAAAAGUACCUAAAUUGCUUCUUCUGGAAGUGGGAUGUUUUUGUUGAAGUUUAUAAAGUGAGUGGUGUCUUUGAUAGAAGACUGUUGUUUCUGCUCGAUUGGUUGUAAGGGUGAGUCAACAAAGAUGGAAAUGUGCUCUGUUGGGCCAGUGCUCCGAGAUAAGAUUGAUUAUCAACAGGAAUGAUUUCAUGUACUUUGGUCAGUGUGUGAAAUUCUGGUUUUUCCAGGUGGGUUUUGGCCUAAAUUGAGCCACUUACAGGUCAUGUCAUCAAUAUGCCUUCUAGUAAACAAAGUGUUGACAAAUUGUUUUGACUUUUGUGACUGUUUCAGAUACUAUUGGUUAUAUUAGGGGGUUAUAGAAUUUCUCAUCAGGGACUUGUUUGUAACCUUCCUGAAUUUUUUGUUUAGUAUCUCUUAUAACAAUAGUGAUUCCUUUGUCAGUGUUUUUAAGAUUUAUCCUGUUGUUGGUGCUAAGAGUUUUUUAAGUGCUUGUCUUUGUUUUGCUGUUAGAUUGUCUUUUAUGUUGGAAAAGGUUAUAAAUGAAGGCAAUCUCUAGCUUUGUACAUUCCAAUUAAUUUUCUAAAGCAACCAACAAUUGAGAUGGCGGUUGUCAUUUAGAUUUUACUCAGAAUGGAUGAGGAUUGUUUUUUGAGUUAACAAAGAUAUAUUGUAAGUGCACAGAGUGAGUAACUGCACACCAUUGGUUUCAGGGAAUGUUUAUCCAAGCUUCAGUUUCUAGUAUAGUUAAGAUUGUAUGUAUCCAUUUGAUACCUUUGAAAGCAAAAGUGAUUUGAAAUUUUGCAUCCUAAUUUUUCCAUACAAACUAUAAAUUUAUUGGAGUAGAUCUCUUAAUUUUCCCAAAAGCAACCAUACAAGAAGCAUCAAUGCACAACACAGCAUUAAUUCUCCUAUGAGGAGGGGAACAUUGGAGUUUGUGAUUUUGGGAUUUUGGACAAUUUUUCUCCUGGUAUUUCAGUCAUUUCAUUAAUCUGGAAUUGCAUUAUUGCGGUAUUCUCCUAACAUGCAAGAUACAGGUUACACUCUCUAAUCCUCUACUGUUUCUCAAGCCUUUUCCAGACUCUGAUUCUUUUGUAAACAGACUUAAAUAAAACUACCUGACUAUAAGUAAAUAUUCAUUAACAAAUUCGUAAUUGUAUUGCAAUGUUCAGAACCCCUGAAUAUCCCCCUCUAUAAGUGACCAAGGCAGAAUUUUUCCGUACAAUACAAUAUCAAGUGGACAAGUGAUGAGAUAAAAAGAAAAAGAUAAGUUAAGAGUAUUCUUACCCAAUCCAAUACCAAAUUCUCCAAACUAAUAUCAUGAGAAUUGUAAGGCAGAUGGUAAGGAGAAUUACAAAUCAGAUUUGGAAGUGGUAGAGGUAAUAUUGCUCUAAUAUCCACUUUUAAGGUAACAUGUUUGGUUCUUUGCCUUGUAGCUGGUGACUCCUCAACACAUGUCUCAUCAAAUGACAGUUCUGCGGCAGCUAAAAGUGUCACGGCAGGUCUUGAAGACUCAGGUGUUGAAGUGGGACAAGAAAGUGAACAGGAAACAUCUCCAGGAAAAUUGGUGAAAACAACAGCUGGUACUGGUGAUUGUUUACCAGAAGCAAAACAGAAACAAGUCAAACAAUCAUCAGAGAAAACCAUACAAAGUAGCUCUGAACAUAUUGUUUUUGGUGGAAACAGCAUCAAAGAGCAUGAACAAGAUGUGAGGCAAAGCAAACCUGAAAGGUAGAGGAGUAGCUUAAAAAUCCUUUUUGACAUGAAAAUUUUUCAUUUCUGGUUUAUGGUUCUUUUUAUGUGAUUAAUAUCAGAAACAUUUUUACUGAAUUCUUAAAAUUGUUAGAAAAGUUCAUGCAACACCAACAGCUCAAAAAGCUUUAAUUCAAUAACAAAAUAAAAAGUCUUCCCAAGUCCCCUUGGCUGCUUCAUAGAAGUUUCACUGGAAAGAGGGUGGUCAAUUUUUGUGGCAUCUUUCUUCAAGGGAUGUUUCUUUAGGGCAAAGUAAUUUUUAAGUAAUGAAUUCUAUACUUGACAAGUAACAAAGGUAUAAUAGGGAGUAAGUUUUUAAGAAACUGUGGUGCUGCAUCAGAGGAAUGGUAUAGCACUUGUUGAUUUGGCAUCAUCAACUGAGUUGAUAACGUAACUUGAAUUGGCGAAUGGCUAUUCAAAGGGCUUUCACAAAGGGUUAACACUCAGAAUGUCAGCUUUGAACUUCUUAACAGUAGCCAAUUUACAUUAUCAACGUAGUUGAUCUUACAAAAAUUACUGCAUUCAAAAGGUGUUUGAUUCUUGAUCCUGGCCACCCUAGCAUCAGAGGUGAGUUGAGGGUUUUACUGUUUAUCCUUAUUACAUCGAGGAUUCGUCUUUGUGGUUUUCAUCUUUUUACAAGAUCCAGCAAUGUGAAUUCUGAGUUUUUCUCUGCAAACAGAACACAUGAAAACUACCUUGUUUAUGUUCACUGCUACAUAUAAUAUGUUAUUUUAUUCGAUCAUUUUGAUUAUGUUCCAUUCUUAUACAACAUGUGAGUGGGGAUUAGUUGUUACAUAAUUUUUGAGUAUAGGGUAACUUUAUAGAUUACACUUCAAGUUGAGAAAAUUCACAAAUGCAUGUAUUGUUAAAUGAAGAAUUGUUGUUUUAUUUUGCAGUCCCUCAAGAACUUCAGCAGCUGAUGUUGACCAGUUCCCUCCCUUGUCAUUAACAGUGAACACCCAGAGAGCAGUGGAGAAGACAGAGACUGAAAGAUCACGUAAACGGCGCAAGCGAAGGAGGCAGAGAAAGAGGUCUGGAUCUGUGUCCAGCUCCUCUAGUGAAUGUAGUGAAAAGGAAAGGGCUUCAGUUAAUUCCAAUGGCUCUGGGCUAAAAGGAAAAGCUGUGGCAUCUUUACCUACUACAGAUAAAGUUGUUCUCAGUGAUGAUGUUAAAGAAGCUUCAAAAGUACAGGUAAAUGUUUUGAGCACAAGGUUAAAGGAGCAAAAAUCCGAUGCUCUCUCUAACACAGACAAAAGAACAGCUGUACAGAGAAAAAGCACAAGUUCUUGCGAUGGAGACACUGUGGAAGAAAGGAAGAGUUCCUUAUCAACAGAAGGCACAUCAAACAGCCCUGUUUACAGUGACACAGACAUUAAAGUUACAGUUUCCAUCAACACUGCACAAGAUCCCUUAAGCUCUAAUCAGACUUCUAUAAAACCUGGAAAAAGAACAUGA